GCGUGACUCGGCCUUAGUUCUUCAGGCAAGGAGGGAGUCCUUGGAGCUGAAGUCAGCAAAGAAAAUCAAGAUGGCCCAAGUUCCUGACCUGUUUGAAGACCUGAAGCACUGUUACAGUGAAAUUGAAGAAUACACCUCCAACAAUGAUGACCUCUCUCAGAAUCAGAAACCCUUCUAUGAUACGAGCUGUAGCCCCCUCCAAGAUGCCUACAUGGACGGAUUCAUAUCACUGAGUAGUGCCGCUGAAAUCUCUAAGACAGCCAGGUGUUCGUUCAAGGAGAGUGUAUCGGUGGUGACAACCAAAGGGAAGGUGGUGAAGAAGCGACGCCUGGAUUUCAAUGAAACCAUCACUGACGAAGACCUGCAGGCGAUUGCCAAUGAUACAGAGGAAGAAAUUAUUGAGCCCAUGUCAGCAAUGAAUACAUUCCAGAAUAAAAGGAACUACUAUUUUUCAAACAUCCUCAUAAGUCACUGCAUCCUGACUAACAUCAACUCCCAAAGUUUAACUAGAGACCCAUCUAAUUCAAAUCUCCGGAGUAUUGCAUUACAGAAUCUGGAUGAUGCAGAGAGAUUCGACAUAGCUGGUUAUAAACCAGCAGAUGAUAUUUACAGAAUUCCUGUGCUUUUAAGAAUCUCAGAUACUCAACUAUUUGUGUCUGGCCAAGGUGAAAAUGAACCAGUGGUGUUAAAGAAGAUGCCUGAGAUGCCCAAAGUCGUCCCAGAGGACAGCGACCUUCUCUUCUUGGUGGAACGAGUCGGUAAUCACAGCUACUUCAGAUCAGCUGCCUAUCCAGAUUUGUUUCUUGCCACGAGGGAUGAAGGCCUGGUGCACCUGGCAAGGGGGUUACCCUCCAUCAUUGACUUCAAGCCUCCCGAAGCCUACGAAGUGUGACGUGAUGACCCUCCAUAUGUACCAUGUACAUACAGUGUAACUCUUAUCAU